CUUUCUUAUUCGCCACUAACUUUACGAAUCGUUUCACGGUUGGUCACCGGUCGUUACACUCCGUUAAGUCUGUCCUACGUGGCAGUCAACUAUAAAGUUUGACCGUUAACUAGAUGACGUGGAAAUUAAAAAAAUAAAAAAAUAAAAUAAAAAUUUCUUUCCAUCUCAUCAUUGCACUUAUUUUGUCUAUAUAAUUUAUCAUAUUAAUAAUUUAAUAAAAUUUAAUAAAUUACAAACAUGUUCAUUUGCGGCAACUUUUUGUCCUCUUUCUGCUCUUCUUCCAUAAAGAAGCCGGUCACCCCUCCUCUGCCUCCUUCCGCUUCUAUUUCUUUUUCAACUUCGUCUUCUUCCUCUGCCUCCAAGAAACCCUCCAUCCCCGCCCUCCUCCUCCUGCUCUUCUCCUGGGCGAGCUUUGGGCUAGCGGUGGUGCUAUUAGGGGGAGCGACGAGCAUGAGCGCAACGCAACCGUUUCCUAGGCUUGGAGGAACUGCUGGAAGAGCUGGCGGCGACGAAGCCGAAUCGGGUCCAUCCGUUCUCGACGGCGUCGGUGAUUAAGGAAGGGUGAUCGGCCCAAUUGAACAGCGGCCGGGCGGAAGGCCCGCGCUUGAAGGCGUAGUAGUUCCCCCUCCUCUUGAUGGCGGCGGCAGGGACACUGUUGUCGACGUCUGAGGAGGAGGAGAGGGAGUGGAUGGUGAGGGUGAGGAUGAUGAGUAUUUGGAUUUUCC